GAGAUAGGGUUGGGUUAUGAUUUUUGAGAGAGGGUUGGGUUAUGGUUUUUGAAAAUAAGGGUUAUGAUUCUUUAACGUUCCUUAAUCCUUAUGAAAGCAGGAAAGAGAUACUGAAUUCCUUAUGAAAGCAGGAAAGAGACACUAAUUCGAAACAGAGCGGGUUUUUGAAGAGAGAGUUGGCCGUUGGGUUAUGAUUUUUGAGAGUAAGGGUUAUGAUUCUUUAACGUUCCUCAAUCCUUAUGAAAGCAGGAAAGAGAUACUGAAUUCGAAAUAGAGCGGGUUAUGAUUUUUGAAGAGCGUUGGGGAGAGAGAGGGAUUUUAUCCUCCAUGCGUGGGUCGGGCACUACCUUUUCCCUCUUUUUAAUGACCAAAACCCCUAUAUAUCUUCUCAACGGCGCCAGAGAAACUACAUCGGAAAUUCAGCCAUACACACGCGCUCAUCCGUGUGGGUGUGCGUGCGCCUGAUAUAUGCGUUGUGUCUGGGUGUAUUAUAUGGCACAACUGAUAUGAUGCUAUGCUUGAAUAUCUGAAAAGGUAAAGACACUUCAAGCAGAGCCAAAUUCAUCCACAGUUCCGCCCAAGAUACAAGGUAGACGAGGCCAAGCAACCGAUCCACACAGUAGCUGAGAGAUUGCGUCGGGAAAGAAUAGCCGAACGAGUAAGGCCUUUGCAAGAACAAGUGCCCGGUAUCAACAAGGUCAUGCUUUCUUUCGUACUAUUGUUUAGUAAGGCAUCCAAUGAAUUUUGAAAAAACACAAAUUCUUGUGUGAGGCGGUUAUUCGGGUCGACCCGUCAUACAUUUGUAACAAAAUGCAUACUUAUGUUAUAAAAUGUCAUAUAUUUAUGGUUAUUUAUAGACUUUUAGUAUAUAUCAUUUCGGUUGGAAGUAUGCAUGUUUAUUGAAAAAUGUAUGAUUGGAUAAUGUUAUGCCUGCUUAACUUUGAAAAAUUGUGUAUGGUGAUGGUUCUUUUGUCGUCAAGUGCAUAGUUUUUUAGGUUUCUAUACCUCGAAAGUCCUAAUAGAAUUUGUUCUCGCCUAUUCUAUUCUGUAACUUUUAAUUCCAGUCACUGUUUUUAAUGUUCACAGUACUGCAUAUGAAGAUUUUAACUUUAUUCCUCUUUGCUUGCCUUUAUUAUGUUAAUAGUACCUUUUUUUUUUGUUGGGUUUUUGGUAUCCACCAGUGUUUUUGUAACUUAUGGGUGCUUUAUUGAUAAUAAUUCCUUUUUCCUGAAUUAUAUUAACAAUAAUGCAAAUAUUAGCUAUCUCUUGCAUUGUAUUGGCAUUUUUCUGAAUUCUAUUUAGCAACUCUGUUGUACUGGUACACUCUCCAAUACAUUACAAAAAGACUGCUCAUUCAUUAUCAUUUUCAGUACUAAACAAGAAACAAAAAGAUUAUUUCUCCAACUCUAAUUAAAAGAUUAUAUAUGCAGACCGAUCGAGCAGUUAUGGUUGAUGAAAUUGUGGAUUACGUGAAAUUCUUGAGACUCCAGGUGAAGGUGCUGAGCAUGAGUAGAUCUGGAGGAGCUGGUAAUGAGGCGCCACUGGAGAUGGACAUCCCAAUAUCAUCAUUAAUAGAGAAAUGGUCAAACGAAGAUACCGAAAGACAAGUCGCUAAGCUUAUGCAAGAAAAUGUUGGAGCCUCAAUGCAAUUCCUUCAGUCAAAAGCACUCUGCAUUAAUGCCUGUAUCUCUUGCUUCGUCGAUAUGCUACUCAUCGUAGAACCCUCUUAAGCCUUCAAAAUGACAAAAAAAGGAAAAAUGGAUGGUUAAUGGGUACUUGUGCUCUGAUACUGAAAAGGGACCUUAACUCACAAUCUGCAAUGAGAAGAUCUAUUGUCAGAAUUUUAACUUUAGAUACAUGAGCUAUCUUUACUAUUACAAAAUGUUGAUGUUUUGUUCUCAG